AUGAAGCUGAAGACUACGGGCUCCAAAGCCGUGGUUUUAACAAGACGUUCUCCCAGGACAACCAACAAUUUCGGUUUUCUAUCGAUCCUGGGCUUUACCUGUACCAUUUUAAUCACCUGGGAAGCUGUGUUCAUCAUAUUCGACGUCUCUAUCCUCAACGUAGGGCCCGCAGGCUUCAUAUACGGGUUUCUCUUUGUUUGGGCAGGUACCUUGGCAACUUAUGCCUCAUUGGGCGAACUUGCUUCAAUGGCCGCCACCGCAGGUGGCCAAUAUCACUGGGUAUCAAUGCUUGCUCCACCAGGGUCGCAGGAAAUACUCAGCUAUAUGACUGGCUGGCUUACUGUUAUUGGCUGGCAAGCAUCAUUUGCCACAGCCAACUUUGUCUCGGCAGCUCUUAUUCAAGGCUUGAUUGUCUUGACUAGGCCAAGUUAUUACCCUAAACCGUAUCAGCAUAUGCUAUUGUUCUGGGCGGUCAUGGCUUUCGCUGUAUUCAUCAACGUGCUUGCCAGUACUGAGUUACCGAAGUUCGAGGGUUUCAUAUUGGUCCUCCACAUAGUCGGAUAUUCCGCCAUUCUGCUACCGCUGCUGAUCCUUGGAGAACACCAAGACCCUCACCAAGUCUUUGGCCUGUGGCUGAAUCUGGGCAACUUGCCUACCCAAGGGACUUCGUUCAUGGUCGGCCUUCUUGGACCCGUCUUCAUGUUCUUGGAUGCCGACGGCGCAGUACACAUGUCCGAAGAAAUUCAGGACGCUCCGACUGUAGUUCCCUGGUCGAUUCUGUUCAGUACCGUUAUUAAUGGCGCAUUGGCUCUUUCGAUGAUGAUCGCGACUCUCUUUGUCACCGUUGAUUUGCAGUCUUCUCCAAAUUCCCCGACCGGUUACGCCUUUAUGGACACAUACGUCCAGGCAACUGGUUCAACUGCUGGAGCAACGGCUAUGGCUUGUAUCAUUACCGUUAUGCAGCUGUUUGCCAACGUUGGCCUGUUAGCGUCAUGUUCGCGGAUGACCUGGUCUUUUGCACGCGAUCGAGGCUUGCCAGGCCAUAGGACUCUCGCGAAGGUCAAUCCACGCACAUCGAUCCCUGUCGCAACAAUCAUCGCCACGACCAUAACAUCCACCCUUCUUUCACUGAUAUUACUAGGCUCAUCUACAGCUUUUAACAACAUUGUAUCUAUAGCAGUCGCUGGAUUGUCGGCAUCGUAUGUCCUGGCUAUCGGGCUCCUCCUUUGGCGCCGCACUACCGGCGGAAUUCGGCAUUCCCCUCUCUCAGGAUCACAGCUCACGAACGCGUCUGGUUUCGAGCUUAGCUGGGGCCCUUGGCAUACCCCCGGCAUUAAGGGGCCUGCGGUCGACUUGUUUGCCAUCAUCUACGUGCUCAUCAUUCUGUUCAUCAGCUUCUGGCCACCGGACGUGCCGGUCGAUGGCGCAAACAUGAAUUACACCAUACUGGUCACAGGAGCGGUUCUGAUUUUUAGCGUGACUUGGUACUGA